AUGUUCAGGAACACCAACGAGUUGAAUGACCACCCAAUAAAUCACCUGUAUCAAACAGAACGUACCCCCCGCGUCCCUGGCAGGAUAUGCUGUGGAUGUCACAGGUUAUUUGCCUCAGUUUCCAUUCCUGACCUGUGCUCGAACUGCGGUCAUACAACAUGCGAAGCGUGUCUGGAGAUUGAAUUUGUGUCCCGUGGUCACAACUUGAUUUCUCAUCAAAACACAAAUGAAGCGCCUAGUAACCUACUCGGAAAAGUCCAGUCUGCUCACUUGGAGCCGAAUCAGGCUCGGGACGUGAAUGGACAUAAUUGGCAAGAAUUGCGAGAACAGAUGCAACAUGAACGGGAUCAUGAACAGGGAAACCAAGUGGAGCCACAUCAAGAACAUCCUAAAGAGCAGCAUUUGCCAUCAAUUUCAGGGAGAAAAAAACGCAAGCUGAAUAUGACCAAGUGCCAAAGGUGCCGGGAUGACAAAAAGGCUUGUAUUCGGCAAGAUUCGGAAAAAUGCAACCGCUGUACUGAAAAGGGGCUUCUUUGCUCAGAAGGAACCCGUGUGAUACGCCCUAGGAAGCUUCCAUCGAAUGCAACUCUCGUAAGCUACUACGAAAUGAUGGCCAUGGCUAGAACAAGGCUUGACGAACUUUUCGAAACCAUGGACUCGUUCUUUGCAGGCCUUCGUUUUCGCAUUAACGAAAAUCCGGCUUCAGAAUUUAGAAUUUUUGUCAAUGCCAUCUACUAUCAAGCAAUUCUCCCAUGCUUGGCAAAACUCUUGACUGAGAAACAGUCCCCGGAAACCCUUCCGACACGUUCUUCGCUUAUCAGUCUAAUCAUCGCUGUAUUUCCCAACUCUCUGACUGAUACUUGCCCUCUUUGCGGGGAAAGCAAUGACGAGAUACCGAUUGAUGGGCUUAGAGAUUCUAUGGACUCAUGCAGAAAUUUUCUGUUCAAGGAACAUCUGCUCAAGUACCAUGGCGAUCAGCUCGGUGAGGACAAACUGGAAGAAGAAAUACAAAUCUAUACCACUUUGUCAACUGAAGUACCACAGAAAAUCGGAGUGGCGCUUGAAUCUUUGGGCCUUUCCAAACUUGCCGAGCAGAGUAGAUUUUUCGGACUUUUCCAUGAUGACUCAGUGAGUUGGAAGAAUUGGAAGACAUCGAUAUCGCAUAUAGGAUAUUUUGACUGCUUGGGAAGGACAGUCUUGCAUCGUAUACUUGAUGGCGUUUUUGAAGACGAUCAAGAACUUUCAUUUGUUGUGGAACAGGAUGAACGCUUAUGGAACGAUAUCGCCCUAUGGAAUAGUCGAGACAUACUUGGGAGAACACCACUGCACAUAUUGUGCCAGUUCGAUGAGUAUAGUUUGUUGAUCAAAUCAAUUCAUAAGGUGUUGAAAGCAGGCGCGAGCUCAGGAAUCUCAACGGCUUAUGGGACUACUCCGUUGCAUCACGCUGCUGCGAACGGAUCUGUUCAAAUAUGCAAAUUGUUGAUAGAACAUGGAUGCAAAUCCUAUAUGGAGGCUAGAGAUUUUUCCGAGAGAACCGCACUCGACUAUGCGGUGAUCGGGGAACGUCAAAAAACAGUGGAUCUGUUAACAGACCUUUAUAUUGAGGCUGGGUUGGAGGUAGAGAUGGCGAAAGCACACAGGACCGCAGUAGCAGUGAGGGAAGGAACUUACAGAUCGUGGAAAGUCUACGUCUAA